AAUAUUAUGGUUGCGUAUUGCGUUAUGUGGUACCCUAUAUUUUAACCGCAAUAUAUGUAACAGUAUACAACACUUCAACCCAUGUUUUCUUCCAAUUUUUUUUAAAUAUUGAAACUGUUUUCAUAAUUCUCGUCUCCGAAGUAUAACAUUCAGGAAUAAACAAAGUUUCAAGAGGAAUUUAUUUGCCCAGCAAGCCAGCAUUCCGAAUUACGCCCCUGUUGUCAACUUGCUUCACAACAAUAUUUGAGCAUAUCAAGAUAUUUAUUGCUAAUCUGGAUUCAUUUUCACUGUGUGUGUUAACGAUGUUCCAAAUUGAAUGAUGUCUUUGCUCUGCUAUUGAAUGGGAAGACAUAAAGUGUAAAGAUACUGGAUAUUCUGGAAAAGGACGAGCAAUUACAGAAUUUUCAAUUUAAAGAUCAAUUUAAUGGAUCCAAUGAAAAACAAAGCUAAUUAUUCCCGGGUUUGUCAACUCUUGGUAGAUAAAGGAGGAGAUGCCUUGAGAUAUGCUCUACAUUCAGUGCAUCCACCUUCCACCUUAGCUUCCGCAUUGAAUGCAAACAGAUCGACCCUCCAGGGAAUACGAUACAAUAUAAUUAAAGCCCCGCAAUGGGAUCUACUCUUCCCAAUAUCUGGUGCACCAGAUUCAAACAACUUCGAUAUCACCUUACUGACUGUCUUACUUCGAAAUAUUUGUGGAUUGUCUCCACCAGCGACUGGGUGGAAUGUUAUGCCUCCAGUUAGCGAUACAUCUAUAUCAGCAAACAUUUUGAGAGUCAAAAUGUUCAGGAAUGAAGUGUAUGGUCAUAUUCCAACUGCAAGUUUGGACGACACAACGUUUCAAACAUUGUGGCGAGAAAUUUCGGUACCGUUGGUCAACUUGGGAAUUCCUCAAAAGGAUAUUGAUGAGUUGAAAGUGGCUCCUCUCAGCCCUGAAGAAGAAGGUUAUACUGAAAGAUUGAAAAAAUGGAAACAACAAGACGAUGACUUGAAAUCAGAAUUAAGUGAUGUUAAAAGUGAAGUAGUUAAGCUAAGAAAAACAGUAGAUGAGAAUGUUCAUCACUCAUCUGUCGACUCUAAACAACCAGACGAUGACUUAAAAACAGAAUUAAUUGAUUUUAAAAGUGAAGUAGUCAAGCUAAGAAAAAAAGUAGAUGACAAUGUUAAUCACUCAAGUGUCGAGAAACUCGCUAAAUUCGACUUUGCUGGAAAGAUUGACGACCUUUGUAAAAAAUUUCAUGAAGGCACUAGAAAAUGGUUGUUUGAUGAACUCUCAAGUUGGUUUGUGACUAAAGAAACCAGGGUUAUGAUCCUAACUGCAGGUCCAGGCGCUGGAAAAAGUGUUUUGUCUGGAAAGAUCUCUGAGCUAUAUAGAGAACGUGGCCAACUCGCAGCUCACCAUUUCUGCGACUUUCGAAAUUCUGAUUACAGCAAUCCUCACAGAAUCCUCCAGUCCCUUGCCAGCCAAAUGUGUGAUAGUGUUGAUGGAUUCCGUGAUAAACUAACCGAAAUCCUUCGUCGUGAACAUUCUCGGGACUCGCUGUCAGACGCAUUUCGUGUUCUUUUAAAUGAUCCGCUACACUCUCUUCGCAGAAAUGAUCCAAUGUUGAUCAUUGUUGAUGCUUUGGACGAGAGCAAAACUGAUAUGAAGAGCGAAUUUUUGGAGUUGAUAUCCGAGAAAUUUUGUGAACUGCCUGAUUGGAUUAAGAUAUUCAUUUCGAGCAGACCGGAGUUACAAGUACGGAAGGUUCUUCAACAUUUACAGCCGUUUGAAAUCAGUCCUGAUGAUGAAGAUCACAAUCAAGAUAUUGAGCUUUUCAUUCGUGGUGACUUACCUAACCUUCCUGAUGAUAGCAUAAGGUCAGUUGCUUCGAGGUGUGAGGGAUCGUUUUUAUACGCUUAUCACUUAGUUCAUGAAUUAAGAGAAAAGGGCUUGGGAAUUGAACCCGAUUUAAGUGAUUUCAUCCCUACUGGUAUUGCCGGAUAUUACGAAAAACAGUUCAAACGUUUGAAAAGCCGCCUCCAACGUUUAAAGCAAGAUACCUUUUCAUCUAUCUUAAAAAGUUUUAUCAAUGUUAUUGCCACCGCAUUCGUGCCUCUCCCACUGAAAAUUCUUUUUACAUGCAUGGGUCUGCCCUGGAAAGAAUUUGAAAUACGCACGGCGAUUAUUGACAUUAUGUCAGAAAUUCUUCCAGUUUAUGAUGGUUGCCUGACUCUUUAUCAUAAGUCAUUAUGGGAUUGGAUGACGUUGAAUGGGUAUGAGGAACAUGCGUUUGUUGCAGAUGUUAAAGACGGAAAUAGACGUCUUUUGCGUGCUUGUGAGAAAGAACUCUGUGAGAUAAAAUCUUUAAAGUCCGUUUUAGAAUUUCAAAUUUCACCCGAGAUUAAGUACGCUUUAGAAAAUGGUGUGCACUAUUUGGUGAAGUCAGGUAAGGUGGGGGAAUUUCACUGGUUGGUGCAUGUUUGCCUAAGCUAUUCAUUUAGCUAGGACUAAAAUUUGUUGAUCUCGAC